AUGUCUCUCGCAAUCCUCAUUGCCACCUCCUUUAGCGGAGUUCUUGGCCUAUGUCUAGUGGGACUUAGUGAAUUUGGAGGUCCUCACCUCUUCUCACUUGAAUUAUUUGUCCCACUAGAAAAUAGCAAUGGUCCAACUCAAAUGUUAUCCUUGCACCCCUCUUCAGAGAAUCCUCAAAUGUUCAACCAAUUUGCUAUCGACAAAUGUCGCAAGUUUGUCGAAGACUUUCAGAAGGCACUCCUUCAAAAGGGAGAUGCCCUUUUUUUGACUUCAGGCCAGGGUUCAAUCACUUCGUCGAACUCCUUGAUCAUGCUUGGAAAACUGAAGACUUGCCUGCUCCUCCCUGAGGUGGCACUGUCGACGAACAAAGUCCAGAGGAGGAACCUGGACAAGCAGAGGCAGAUGAAAUGA